AUGGUGUUCAAUCCCACAAGUCCCAUUCGACCAUUUGGCCGUAAGCCGGUCAUCGUCAGUCGAACUUCUACACUCCAUAGCGAAGUCGCAUCAAUUGGAAGGGGCUCUGAAAUGUCAGAAGACGAAUCUCCACGUAGCUCAAGGCUGUCCAUCUUACCAUCGUGGCGAGGUGGAAUGACCAAGACUAAUCGACAAUCACAGGAACGGCAAGGCCAUAAUCCUCCGCAAGAGGUCAGCCGCUGGUCAAGAACAACCACAGAAUCAGAAGCAAGCGAAGCAAUCAAACCUUCCAAGGUUUCCAAUCCAACUCCAGGAGCAGCGAAGAGGAUGAACGUGCUAAAAAAGAAGAUUAAGCAAAGAAAAGUUUCGAAAGACACGACGGCUUCUAGCCCAGUUGAUCCUUUAUAUGAUCCCAAGACCAGAACCCUUGGUUUGCCAGAUCAAGAACAGGCUAAUGUGGUGACAAGCCUGGUGAUUGGCCCUAUCACUGGACCAGAUGAGCCUCGAUCAUUUUAUGAUUCGGGAUCGGAUGACUCGAGUGAUGGGGAACCUGUUCUACAACGUGCAAGCAGUGUACGUGUUGCCAAACCACUUAUUGUGCAACACAGCAAUGGUUCAGGUGGCUCCAUUCCGAAACUCUAUACUUCUCAGAGUCCAGCAUCCCGUGAUGAUUCACUGGUACCAAAGCCACUUAGCGUGGGCCUUCAGCUCAUGAAUGUGAACACACCCGACCAUGAGGACCAGGCGCUAGAAGAGACGAAGAGAUCUGUUGGAGGACCACAAGACGCAUUACAAGCACUGGAAGGUCACCUGAGUGCGGUUUCAGAAGCCACCUCUGAAGGAUCUAUUUCACCACGAGCAUCUAUCAACAAGAAUAUUCUGCAAGUUGUUGAUAUUAUCCCUGGAGAUGAGGGUAUGGACAUAAUGCCCACGCCCACGGGUGGCUUUGGGUUGCUUCGUAUCAGCAAAAUGAGCAGUGACAUGGGAGAUUCCACAAACACCUAUGUCGGGUCUUCACUUGAUGGUCUCCGCUCAAAUCCCAUCACCGACUUCGACAAGAAACUGUCACGAGCGAUAUCAGCGCCCGCCCGCCAUCCAGCUCGUCGAGUUACGAUUCGUCCAGCUGACCUAGUCAUCAAUCAUGCCAGUAAUGACCACAAAUUGUUCCGAGAGUCAAUCGUCAGCACUCCCUAUCCAGCUCGACAGAAUAGCAUGGUCGAGUUUGAAGAUCAGCCUGCUCCAGAAGUCGUCACUCCCCGUCGACUCCGUCGAUCCAAAGCACUAUCACAUGUCAACAAGGAACUAAACUCUACUGACUCUAAGAGAGAAAAUGAAGUAGCAAAUGAGAAGGGCAAAGCCAUGAAAGAAAAGGACCAACCACCAAGGAUUCCCCUAUCGACGAAACCCACCAUCUCCAGCGCUCACAGUAUUGGACAAGGCCUCGCGACAUCCAGGUCGGACCGCUUCCCAUCCCCUGUUGCCCCAGAAAUCCUCUUCCUCGAUCUACGUCUCGGUCGUCAUCCGGCCGCCCGUGUGACGGUCGAGAUCGAGGUCACCGACAAAGCAACCUUCGACGACGAACAACUAUUUAACAUCAUCCACAAGACCUACUCCACGAAUCUCCUCGGUGUUGUCCGUGGACUCCUCAGCGCCCGCCAACUUUCACAUGCGAGCCUCUCCAACGUCGCCGGGACAAACGACAACAUCCACACCCAUCGGCGCUUCAGCCCAAAUACCGUGAGCUGGUACGGCCACGGCCAACACACCUCGACAGGAGCAAUUGACCGCGCCGACUUCGCACGUCAUCUACUACAUCCCGCACUCGGCCGUCGCCGGAAGAUCUGGCUACUCUGGCUCCGCAACCAGCAGUACACAGGCCAAUCGGGCCGCCACCACCAGCAGCAUCGUGCGAACCGCGGCGGCGGCGGCGGUGAUAUCAUGUCACACCAGCCAAGCGCACUGGACGAUGCCGACAGCCCCGUGGCCUUCAGCUUCAUGCAUGCACGCAACAACAGCCACAGUCUGAGCGCGGGUCUGGGCCUCACCAGCAAGAACAAUAACAACGACAUCUCCCCCACGGCAGCAACCAUCGCACCAAGCACAGCAGCAGGCAACCUGUCGCGCCAAGUCAGCACGGCGGCAUCGCACAACUACACGAGCCCAUUCUCACGCCCAAGCAUCACCAUCCCACGGAUGCCGUUCCAACCGUUUUCACACUCGCGCGACAAAUCCGCCUCCUCCACCACCAUCUCCUCCUCCUCAUCACGCAAACCUUCGCUCCCGCACCCGAUCGGGCCCCCAACCCUCUACCUGCACUACAGAUUCUCACUGCGCCGGAUCCUCGCCGUCGUGGCGCUCACCGUCCUCGCCGCGAUCUUCGCCACAACCAUGUGGAUUCUCUUCGGCGUGCCCGGCCGCAGCAUCUCGCAGGGCGACGGCGUCGGCGUCGGCGAGUACGGCGGCGACGUGCUGGUCUGGUGGCGCAGGGAUACACAUAAGCGCGUCGGCGUCGGUCUGCUCCUCGGGUUCCUGGUCUUGUUUCUCGGCGCGCUCGCUGAGGCGCUGUGGGUGUGGGGCAGUUGGGUGUUGGUUUGA